AUGAAGAAGAAGCAGCCAUGGUUGACUCAUCUUGCUGCAGUUGCUUGCAUUUCUCUUGCUGCUAAAAUGGAAGAGACACAAGUUCCACUUCCUCUUAAUUUACAAGUGAAGGACAGCAAUUAUGUGUUUGAGGCAAAAACAAUAAAGAAAAUUUUGAUUCCAGGUUUAUUGGUUAUUGUGAUUCUAGAUCAUUAUCUUCCUAAGAGGUUCAUUACUAAUUUGAUUAUGAUUGCACAUUUGCAUAUGAAGUACAGAACUGAUAUAGAAGGGCUGCAACAGCAAGAGAUUAUCGAAUUACUCCCGAAAGCUAUUCGUUCUAGCAUCUCUCAUUACCUAUUCAAAUCGGUGAUUGGAAAGGCUUGUGUACCAAUUAUUAAAUUUCUUGAAAAGAAAAGUGGGCCUGCAUUUGAUGUAAGUGAUCUUAUUAUGGCUUAA